CCCAGGAUCAAGGUAUAGUCAGUGAGUCGUGCCAAUCACUGCGCUCUUCCUCGUUCAUACAGCCACAAAUUAAUAGAGUAUCGGUCGAGGCAUUUGGCUACUACGCGCCGAAGCGGUGAACACCUAUAUACGACUAUCUAUCACCACGUUAGACUACGGGCGUGAAGGUCCAGCCUCUGAGAAUUACGAUCGAGCUUUGAAAUAAUCAACAGUGUCACAGUGUCUGAGGCCACAACAUCGCAUAGAGCGCGUGGGGAUCACAGUUUAGCCGACUCACGCGCGUGGUGUCAGAUCCUUCGGCGCUUGUGUCGGUGGCAUUAUUUCUCUCUCCCCCGUCGGUGUAGGAAGGGUUGACACGUGCCCCCUCAAUGUAGAGCUGAGGGAGAGAACAUCACAAGGAUACGAUCACUGAACGCGGUGGGGUUGAUACAAGUAACUCCCGCCCAAUGUGAACCGGGGCAUUGCCUUAACAGAGGCACCGCAGGAAGAGUGGAAGGAACAGUCGAGGAUUAUAGCAGCUCUGGGAUUCUUAACCGAGCCAAACAGGGGUACGGUGAAUGCUCUACACGACUAACUCUCCCGAUCGUGGAGCGAGAGUGGGAUUUUGUUUGUGAAACACAACCCUGGUGUACCAAACACCAUGCGUGUGUACAUUAGGACUUGUCGUAGCACUUGGCUACUCCGGGUACACUUACUGUUAAUAUUCUACCUGGGGUACGUGUGUUCGGCUGGUUAUAUCAAAAUGUUUGCGGGUCAACAAACGCCACCUGAUCCUUGCUAUGAUGAGAAUGAGAAGCCCAAGAGGUGCGUUCCAGACUUUGAGAAUGCUGCUUUUAGUAAAGAAGUGGUAGCGUCGAGUACCUGUGGUUCUCCGCCGAGCAGGUACUGCAAGUCCACAACGGACAACGAUGCUAAGGUUAUCAGGAACUGUUUUAUUUGUGACGCGAAUCACCUCAAACGCAGACACCCGCCGUCAUACCUGACGGACCUCAAUAACCCCAACAACCUCACCUGCUGGAUGUCCGAGCCGUUUGUCCAGUACCCUCAGAAUGUCACGUUAAACUUGUCCUUGCACAAAAAAUACGAGCUCACGUACAUCAGCUUACAGUUCUGCUCUGCCCGCCCGGAUUCAAUGGCAAUCUUUAAGAGUAUGGACUAUGGUAAAACAUGGAUACCUUUUCAGUACUACUCCAGCGACUGCAAAAAGAUGUACAGCAAAGAUGCCGUUGCUGUCGUCACCAAAGCUAACGAACAGAAAGCUUUGUGCACGGAGGCCUACAGCAACAUCGAUCCCCUGGGCGGGGCCAGGGUGGGGUUCAGUACCCUUGAGGGACGACCAUCGGCUCUGGAUUUCGACAACAGCCCCGUUCUUCAGGACUGGGUAACCGCCACGGAUAUUAUGAUUGUGUUUAAUAAAUUAAAUACCUACGGUGAUGAAGCGAAGGAUGACGAAGGGGCAAGGGAGAGUUACUACUACGCUCUGAGCGACUUCGCCGUCGGUGGCCGUUGCAAAUGUAACGGUCAUGCUUCUCAAUGCAUUCCAAAUCGCGACGGGAGAUUGGCCUGUGACUGCAAACAUAACACUGCUGGGUAUGACUGUGAGAAGUGUAAGCCAUUCCAUUACGACCGCCCAUGGGCCCGGGCCACCCCGGGGGAAACUAAUGAGUGUGUUGCCUGCAAUUGUAAUUUGCAUGCACGACGAUGUCGCUUCAAUAGAGAGCUGUAUAUGCUGUCUGGGCUAUUGAGUGGUGGGGUAUGCCUGGGCUGUAAGCACCACACAGCCGGACGCCACUGUCACUAUUGUAAACAAGGAUACUACAGGGAUAGUUCCCGACACAUCACAGACCGUAGGGCCUGCAAAGCAUGUGAUUGUCAUCCGGUUGGGGCACUGGGGAAGACGUGUAACCAAACCACGGGUCAAUGCCCCUGCAAAGAUGGCGUCAUUGGGCUAACCUGCAACAGGUGCGCGAAGGGGUACCAACAGAGCAAGUCUCAUAUCGCUCCGUGUAUCAGAAUGAAGAGAGUGGCCAAUUCUACAAUUAGAGAAGAAGGUUUCAUUCCCAAUCGAGGCUCGAAAGACAAAGAAAAAAUUCCAAAGCCAACAACAACAUCAAAGCCGAAAAAGACGGUAAAUAAACAAUCGUCCGAAUGCCGGAAAUGCAAGAAAAGAAGUCGGAGACUCAACAUGAAAAAAUUCUGUCGUCGGGACUUCGCCAUCCAGGCACAGGUCCUGUCACGUGAAAAGGUCGACGAUUGGGUCAAAUUUACUAUCAACGUCAUCAGUUUCUACAAGCGAAGCCAAGGGGAGAGAACUCGCCGUGGAGAAACCUACUUGUGGGUCCCAAGGGACGAUCUUAAAUGCAAAUGUCCGAAGAUCCGCUUGAGUCGUCGUUACUUGAUUGUAGGGAAGUUGAGGAGGGACGACAACCGCACUGGCUACGUUGUGGAUCGUAAAAGCAUCGUGAUCCGUUGGAAGGACAAGUGGCAGAAGAGGUUGAGAAGAUUUGCCAAACACGAGCGACGCGGAAAGUGCCGAAAGUGAAGUCGGAAAUAGUGCCGACUUGAAUAUACCUCGUUUUAACAAACACAAGAAUAAAGAUCAAGAGAUUACAGUACAACGAUGAAUAGGAUGUGAUAUUUGUUUAUCUCAAUUGACGGAAAUACACAGGGAAUAUGAUAUUAUGGUUCAGAACGGAAAUGACGUCAUUUCUGUGUAGGUAGAUAUGAUGAGAAUCGGAUCUGACCGCCACAAUGCUGCAUUGUGGGUAUAGCUGAGGCAGUAGUGGAGAUCGACUCGUGUAGAUAGCUUGUUGAUUUCUUCAUCACAAGAUUCAUUCAAACUGAUCAACGAAUCAAUAUCUGAUCAGUGUCACAGAGGACAUUGAUUGACAGGAACUGAUCGCACUAUGAACUGACAUGAACAAGGAAAACCAAGUCUGAACCAUGCUGGUAUUUCUACAUAUCUGUGGUCUAUAGCAGUGACGUCAUUAUGACAUAUGACAUGACGUGGACAUGUGUGAUGACGUCAUCAAUAAAGUGUUCUGGAAGCACAAGGAGGCUAUCAAGGUAACUGGACAUUUGAGAGUUACCACCCUUGUUUUCGACUGACCAUAUAUGUUAUUGAGAGACGAUAUGCCAGGUGACUGGAGCGGAGAGCGUAGUAACCGAAGACAUGGUUUCUCAACCACUUUACCUCUAAACGCUGAGGAGGAUCAUGAGCACUUUUGAUGGUGUUGUGAAAUUAAAUUUAUGAAUUUAGCGAGCCAAUAGUCACGUGAUUGUAUAUUUCUGUUGAUUUGACUGGACCGCGAAGCUCGCUGCGAGGCAUCCAAGUACGCCGAAUCACCGGCCUACAUCUCUAUUGCCUAUGUACAUUGCGUAUUUGAGGACUAUAUUUUGUGGAUAUGUUUAAAUAUUAAUAAUAUAUAUAUAUAUAUCAUGUUGACCUAUAGAUCUGGUAGAUGUGAUUGCAUAAUUUGUCAUUGUUCUUUUAGACUUGUUCAUGUUCUAGAUCAUGAAACUGCCACAUUAAAUCCAUUGUCCAUUUCAGUCAUGUUUUGACAUUUGACGUGUUGAAAUGUCAUACAUCGCCAGCUGAUAAUUUAUUCACGCGUCAAGAGAUGAAAUGUUAUUUUAUCAUGCAAGUAAAAUGAAAAUUGGAGGUCAACCUGAAAUAUUUAUGUCAGUAUAAAUAUGCCUCAUACGAAUUAUCUCCCUUGUGUAGAUAGCCCAUAGAACGCCACCGGAAACACUUCGCAUUUUCUCACAAAAUCAAUGCCCCAUUUAUUAAAACAAGUAACAGCCUUCACAUUCCCCUGCGGAAAUGUCAGUUUGAUUAUAAAUACUUUGAUGUGAAAUUGUAAUAAUGAACGUUGAUUGGUAUUAAGAUUUCAUUUUUAACAUUUUAGACUUUCAUAUCAAGCUGUUACACAUCAAAUCACUCAUCGGAAACUCUGUUUACGGUAUGAUAUUAUCCUUUAGAUGACACCUGUCCCCGGAUGUAAAGAGAAGUCAUCUUCGUGUUAUCUUUGUAUGUUAAAGUGCUGUACCCAAAUCACAUAUACAGACAUAUAACAAAAUUAUUGAACUUCGGCCAUUUCCGUCAAUGUAACGGAAACGGCCGAAGUGUUCCGAAUGAAGAAUGGCGAAGUCUUCCGACGAUGUACAUCUUCCCCCAAUGAGGUGUAUGUAUUGUGCAUCAUAUUAGUCCUAAUAACGGCUCGACAUAAGUACAUUUCAUCAAGUAGCAUAUUAGAUACAUUUCCAGACAAUUUAUUCUGCCACUUCCCUUUUCUGUAAAGAUUUACGAUGUCGAAAGAAUUUGUGUAAAUCUAUCUGAGCUCGUUUGCAUAGUGUCUAUAAAUGUUGGUAAGAGCUGAAGUAUUGAAUAUUUUACAGUGUACAUUCAUAUUUUUGUAGAUUAGGCCGUAGGCCUGUGAAAGUGUAUAUUUUAAUUUAACUAACCUAUUGUCAUUUUUCACCCACUCUGUGAAGUAGCGUUGAAUCAAGUAGACCUCAGUCUGUUGAAUCAAGUAGACUUCAGUCUGUUGAAUCAAGUAGACCUCAGUCUGUAUUCCCCAAGAAUAAAGUCAGUAUCUCCUA